AUGAAUAAAAUAGAUCUUUUUCAAGACAAGAUUUUACACUCGGGUCGACACCUGCGCCUGUAUCUGCCACAAUUCAAAGGUGCAGACUGUGACGUCGACGCAGCCGCCCGGUUCAUCGCCGCCACUUUUGUCUCUCUGAAUAAAACUCCAAACAAACUCAUCUACCAUCACUUUACCACGGCAACAGACACUUCCAACAUUCAGGUGGUGUUUCAGGUCGUCAUGGACACCAUCAUCAAAGAGAACCUGGAGGCUGUGUCGCUGUUGUAA